ACAAUUGGUUAAUGAAUUGAUGAAUACUCCAGUCUCCACUAAUGACUAAUGAGUCAAAGUGACCUAUAAAUGAACAAGAACCCCCUUCUAAUUUCUAAAACGUUAUAGCUAAGAAGUUAAAAAUAAAAAAACAAAAAAAAGCUACUCCGUAGUAAAAAAAAGAAAGAGCUAGAAAGAAGAGAUGGGGGAGAGUAGAGGUAGCAUUUCAUUCUUCGCAACCUACAGACCCCCAGUUGCACUCGACAUUUUGUCAUUACCAUAUCCAUUAAACUCAUCUUCAGACAAAAAUCAACUCCUUCUAACCGACGGAGACUCAUAUAAUUACAAUGGUCAGGCUAUAUCCCCAGAAGGUCUCAAGAAAAUGCUAUUGCAUCCGAACUUGGCUUCUAAAUCUAAUCAUGUGGUGUCAGGCCUGAUCUUUGUCUCAGAACGAAGCCAAGGGCUAGAAACGCUUCAUAUAGCCCUUCGUUUCAAAGAUGACACUGUCAAAGUGUUUAACUUUGCUGAGUUGUAUGGUACCUUCAAUGGUGCUCGCCUCGAGGAUCAUGGCUCUAUUGCUGGUGAUUAUAUUGUCUAUAUAUCCACAAUGGAGGAUCCAGGUCUGUUUCACCAGCCUUGGACUGCUGUUUUCCGAACACAUCUUAUUACUGGUGUAACCGAACGCCUCACUCCCAAAGGGCAAAUUGAUUUCAGCCCCUCGGUGUCACCGGAUGGACGAAAGAUAGCUGUUGCAUCAUUUGAGGGAAAAAGUGGCGGUUGGUGUGGCGAAAUUGAGGACUUAGACACUAAUAUUGUAGUGUUUGACGUUGAAAAUCCGUCGAAAUCACGUAAAUUAGUGGUAAAAGAUGGUGGGUGGCCAACGUGGGGGAGUAACGACAUUUUAUUUUUCCACCGUAACACUGAAAAAGUUGAAAUGGCAAAACAUUGGGGUGUUUUUCAAGUUAACAUUAAUGACUCUAAGCAACUUAAACGAGUGACACCGGAAAACAUCAAUGCAAUAACUCCGGCAGCCAUCGAUGCCACCACAGUGGCAGUUGCAACUAUUCGUGAGCCAUCCAAAUUCGGACAGAUCCGUCAAGAGACACAAUAUCGACAUAUUGAAGUUUUCAAGGUUCCCGAUGGUUCCGCUAGACCAAAAGAAGCCAUUGAAAAAAUAACGCAAGUUGUUAGGCCUUUGGCUGACCAUUUUAACCCUUUUGUGGUGGUUGACAAAAGUGCGAACAAGCGUAUAGGUUACCAUCGUUGCAAGGUCACAGACAACGUUGACGAGUAUGCUGUUGUGGAGACACAGUUGGUGAAAAUCAAAUCUCCAGAUGCAAACAUAGGGGUGUUUAGGGUAUCGGGAGUGUUUCCAACUUUCUCCCCAGAUGGAAAAAAGCUUGCAUUUGUUGAUAACGAGUUUAGGUCUGUGUGGGUUGCCGAUGACAAAGGGUUGCGUAGCGUUUUUGAUGCGGACACAAACGGCGUGUUCUCACCGGUAUGGAACCAAAAUCCAGAAAAAGACACAUUGUAUGUAUGCAAGGGACCAACAUUUAGUAAAAAUGAAACCGUGCACAUCAUUGCCAUCCCAAUUGCUGCCACUGGUAGGCAGACUAAUAAAAAGCUUACUAGACGUUUCAACAAUGCGUUUCCAUCUACCAAUCCGGAUGGGACAAAGCUAGUUUUCCGAUCUACAAGAGACGGCGACAAGAAUCUAUACAUAAUGGAGAAUGCAGAGAAAGGAGAGUAUGAAGGAGCAGAAGUAACACGGCUCACAAACGGGAAAUGGACUGACACACAUUGCCAAUGGUCACCAAACGGAAAUUGGAUAGUAUUUGCAUCAAACCGUGAUAAUGCUAAUGCGCCACAAAAGAAGGACUUACCUGACCCUGGAUUCUUUGGAGUUUACCUAGUAAAGGCUGAUAACCCGGAUUCAUGGGUUAAAAUCAUAGACAGUGGAUAUGAUUUUAAUAGUGGACCGGGACUAUUUGCCGGGCAUGUGAACCAUCCAUAUUUCAGCCCUGAUGGUAAGAGCAUUGUGGUUGCUGCAGACCUUGCCGCGGUGUCAUGUGAGCCUAUCUCUUUGCCUCUAUUCUCACACUCUGUGAGGCCUUAUGGAGAUAUCUUUAUUGUUGAUCUAAUCAGCAUGACUGACAUCAACAAGAAUGAGAAUUUGAACAAGUUUAAAAGGCUUACACAUAGUCGCUAUGAGUGCUCAACUGCUGUUUGGACCAACUACUCAACUGAGAAUUCUGAUGCCAAAUGGAACUCCUACUUGGAAAAGCGUAAUGAAACGCACCCUUAUAUUGACCCGUCCAAAGGUGAAAGCUUUCUGGUUACUGGCCACCUCUGCAUUGGAAGAAGAUGCUGUUAAAUGUAGCCUCAUCACAUGCGCAUGCAUUCAACUCUUUGGAUCUCUUUCAACAUUGUUUUUAGUUUUUAUCCUUUUCAGUAUUUCUUAUAUUUUGCUUCUUGUUUCAACUUGAUCUAGACCUUGUUGUUUGCAGUUGCUUUGACCCUUUAAUUAUCUAAUGAGCGAGUUUGUUGUUUUUA